AUGAUGUCAACUGAUGGAGGUCUUGUUUUCAGGACGGGAGCCCCUCUUUCGGGUGACUACAACGAGCUAGCAACAGCCAUCAAGUUCUACAGCUCAACCAUCACCCUCAUCAUUGGGUUCAUCGCCAACACGUUGGCCGUGUUGGUCACAUGCCUACCACACAACCGCAACAACGUCAUGUGCUUCUAUAUCCGUAACUUGGCUAUCUUCGACACCCUUACUCUCAUAAUAAUGUUCCCAAGCCCAUAUUGGUUCGGUACGAGUGCGACACUUGGAGUCGCCUACUGCAUCAUUUUCUAUUAUUUUGGAUCUACUUUUUAUUCGUGUUCUCUGUGGACGGUAAUUAUAAUAGCUGUUGACAGAAUCAUAGCUGUGAGGUACCCCCUCCAAACAGCCGUCUGGUGCACUAUGAAACGCGCCAAGACAUGCACCAUCGUGCUGUUGUUAUCUCAGUUCGCUUUCUAUAUCGCGCAUCUGUGGAUGUCUCCUCAGUUCCAUCCGGGUCCUGACGGCGUCCAUGUCACUUGUGUCUAUCCCGCAGAUUUGGAAAUCUAUUUCAUCGUUGAUCACAUCGUCAGUCAACCAGUGCCAAUUCUCUCCGUCUCCGUGCUUAACAUCGUCAUCGCUGUCAGUCUGAAGCGCCAUGAAAAACACAUGGAACAAAUGAAUAAGGCGACACGGGAAGUGACGUCACGAAGCGACUCCAAGGAUAACAGUAUGACCUUGAUGCUCAUGCUUGUCGCUACUUGCCUCAUCAUAUUAUUAUUUCCUUUCUUCUGUGACGCAAUAAUAUGGAACUUCAUUCUUCCAGAGAUGGCCAUAGCAAGACCAGAUCUGAGAUAUUUAUCAUUUGUUAUUAUAUACGUGCCAGCGCAGUGUAACCAUGCCGUCAAUUUCUUCCUGUACUGUUUUGGGAGCAGGUAUUUCAGGAAGGAUCUGCGCAUGCUCCUCUCCUGUGAGUUCAUGAAGACGGCGAAACACUCCAUUUCUGCGGUUUUCUAG